CAUUGAGAAAGAGUAAGAGAGAGUAAUACCAAAUGGAGAUGGGUGUGAGAAUAUCAAGUGCUUUAUUAGCUUUCUUGCUAGUAUUCAUUUCAAUGAAAUCUGCAUUUGGAGAAGGUCAAAGCAAUGGGAAAGGAAACAGCAACAACAAUAAAAAGGGUGCCUAUGAUGCUGCUUCAACAAAUUACUACAUGUUAACAUCUUUGCCAACAGGGCAGGAACGGGCUUACUGUCUGGCUAGAGGGGCCUGUAAGCAAAAAUCUCUAGUGUGUCCUGCUCAAUGUCCACAGAGGAAGCCUAAGCACAACAAGAAGCAAAAGGGAUGCUUCAUUGACUGCAGUAGCAAGUGUGAAGUCACUUGCAAGUGGAGAACACCAAACUGCAAUGGAUAUGGUUCUCUUUGUUAUGAUCCACGGUUUGUAGGUGGUGAUGGUGUAAUGUUUUACUUCCAUGGAGCCAAGGGAGGGAAUUUUGCCAUUGUCUCAGAUGACAACCUUCAAAUCAAUGCUCAUUUCAUCGGCACUCGACCUGUGGGAAGGACUCGAGACUUUACAUGGGUGCAAGCUCUUGCAGUCAUGUUUGAUUCUCACAUGCUUGUCAUUGCUUCCAAGAAAGUCUCACAGUGGGAUGAUAAUAUUGAUGCACUCACUGUGAGAUGGGAUGGUGAGACAGUUAAUGUCCCCAUGGAUGGAGACGCUGAAUGGAGGAUAAAGGAUAACAGGGAAGUUGUGGUGGAAAGAACUGAUGAUACAAACAGUGUUAGAGUGACAGUGGCAGGCUUGUUGGAAAUGGAUGUGAAGAUUAGACCUAUUGGAGCUGAAGAAAACAGGACUCACAACUAUCAAUUACCAAAUGAUGAUGCUUUUGCUCACUUGGAGACACAGUUCAGGUUUCCAAAACUAACUGACCUUGUUGAAGGGGUUUUGGGCAAAACUUACAGGCCGGAUUAUGCUAGCCCUGUCAAGAGAGGAGUUCCAAUGCCAAUGAUGGGCGGGGAAGACAAGUACCAAACGCCAUCCCUAUAUUCACCUCUUUGCAGACUUUGCAGAUUCCAUAGGCAGUCAGAGACGAUUGCUGUUGAAUAAAUAUAUCAAUACUGAUAAUCUUCAUGAAAGUUGUACUUCUUGUAGGUGUACAUGUGCAACACAAAUAAAGGACAAUAAAUUUGCCCAUGUGACAUCCAUCAUUUUUUGUUCAUCAAAUUAAAAUCUAUAGUGUUCAAUCUUGUUUCAGUCAUAUAUUUGCAUUUGGGAUUCAAUAAAGAUACAGUUUUAGCCA